CACCGUCGCCGUCCCCCCCCGCCGUGGGACACCGGCCCCGGGGCUCCCGCGCCCCCAUGCCGCAGUGGGGGCACCACGAUGACCCCUUCGGGGACUUCGUCAAGCAGCCCUACGGGUUCCUCUUCAUCGCCGCCUGCCUCUUGGUCUCCGUCACCCUCUUCAUCGUCAUCAUCAUCCAAAUCUGCCGCAAGGUCUGCCAGGAGCGGCUGCCCACCGUGACCCCCCGGUCCCCCCACCAGCCCGCGCCCCCGGGGGGGCCCCUGCCGCCCGCCCCCCCCGGCCUGGACCCCCCGCCGGGCCUGGACCCCCCGCCCUACAGCGAGGUGGCAGCGAAGCCGUUCCUGUACCCGCACGCGGAGGGGCCGUGCACCGAGUGCGGGUGCCACGUCGGGCCUCAGCCGCCCCUUCCCCCCCCCGAGCUGCCCCUAGGGGUGCUGGGACAGGCGGGGGGGGCUUGGGGACGGGACCCCCUGCCAAAGGCGACGGAGGGACACCAAGGACAACCCGGGAGCAACCUCCACGCUGGCGAUCCCGUCCCGCAGCCAGGCCACGGAGAGGCUCCCUGCGGAGCGCCCGGACGCCUGGGCCCAUGACCCCCCCCAGAAAGGCCGGAGGGGCACGUCUCUAUUUAUACGCUUUAUCCUUAAAAAGGGGAUGAAUGAAA